UCGAAGCCGAGGAUGUAAAUAUAAAUGGCCAUCUUGUCUGCCUCAUUUAAUAUACAUGAUAUUAUUUUCCAUUGUUCCGAACACAGGGAGACUGUUCAACCUGGGCGCACUACAACCAUGGGCCGACUGCCAUACCCCAAGUUCCACUCGGAGCUGGACUCACCCAAGCACGAAACACUGAACGUGUUUAAAAUCCUCUCGUAUAGCCCAAGCACUGUCAACCACUGGAUCAACAUAGGUCAUGCUCAUUUCAAGUCUCUUUCUCUGACUAAACGUGACCGCGAGCUGGCUAUUUUUCUGAGUACGGCCAAGUUCAAAUCCACAUAUGAGUGGACGCAUCAUCUCGCUGGUGCUUCUAGAGUCGGUAUUACUAAAUCACAGUUGGUUGAAUUAGAAGCAGCAGGAUCAAGUACCCAAUACUUUGGCAGCCGCAAGUUCCGCGCUGAGGCUGGCUUUAGUGGGCGAGAUGUUCUUCUGCUUUCCUUGGUUGAGGCCAUCAUUGAGCACCCACAUGUCAGCGAUGAUCUCUGGGCAAACGCAAAAAAGGUCUUUUCUGAACGAGAAAUCGUUGAGCUCAUCUCUAUACAGGGGUUCUACUAUACCCUGUCUCGUCUAACGACCGUUGUGGAUAUUGAUCUAGAUGCGCACGCCAAGGCGAAGCUCUGAGUGAUUGUCAAGGAAUUAGGGUGAUUUUGAGUCGAUUUUUCUACAUUUUAGGGGCUAAAUUAUAGCACAUUACCACGUAUGCAUAUUAAUGUGCGUUGUAUUUUAUAUGCUCUUCUGCCACAGUGUAUGCUUGUCGCCAUCGCCCUUCUCUAGCGCGUUGAUCAUCGGUGGAAGUAUGGCAUGACUAUUUUGUUAGAAAAGAAGCAGGUAGG